AUGACUCCAUCAAAGAGAACUCAAGAAGCUACCCCUGACGACGCAUCCCCCAAACGACUCAAUGCUCAAUUUACCAAAGAAGAUAUUAAACAUUUCUUCAAUGGUCAAAUUUGGCAGCCAGAGUUUCAAAAUGAAAUUCAACACCAAGUGAGUGAGAGCUCGCCAUAUAAAUGGGGAACAAUCAAAAGUCUUAUAGAUGAUACUUUGUUGCGCCAGGUCAGAAAAGAGGUGUUGUCUGAAAUAGCAUUCACAAAGAAAGAAACUGACAUUUAUAAAGUGUAUCAGCUGGGAGAUCUUGCUAACUUAUCGGGUCUAGAUUGGAACGAUUUGUCAAGAUUACCAUCCUUGUACAAGUUGCGUGCAGCAAUAUACUCGCAAGAGUUUAGAGACGUGAUUUCUAAAAUUACGGGGUGCGGUAAGUUGAGUGGGAUCAAGACUGAUAUGUCAAUCAACACAUACACCAGAGGCUGCCACUUGUUGACCCACGAUGAUGUUAUUGGAAGUCGAAGGGUUAGUUUUAUUUUGUAUAUGCCUGACCCAGAUAAAGUGUGGAAACCACAAUAUGGAGGUGCCUUGAGACUAUUUCCUGCCGUUGUACCCAAUGUUCCACAUACUGAUUUUGAGUGCAAACUAGUUCCUCAGUUUAAUCAAAUAGCGUUCUUUACAGUGCAACCAGGAUUGAGUUUCCACGAUGUUGAAGAAGUCCGCGAAGACAAGCACAGGUUGUCUAUCCAAGGGUGGUUCCAUAUUCCACAGCCCGGAGAGGAUGGGUUUGUUGAAGGUGAGCAAGCAAGGACAGAAGCAAUGUCUACAUUACAACAACUUCAAAGUAAGGAGUUGCAGGAAUUUGAUUUCCCAAAGAGUAUUAGAAAUGAGAUAAAUGCUCUAGAGUUGAAAAAUAUUGAAUCCAAAGACGAAUUGAGUCAACAAGAUUACGAUUACUUGAAAUCUUUCAUCAAUCCAGUUUAUCUCAACACUACCUACAUUCAAACAUUGAGCGCCUUUUUCCUCGAUGAAUCGUAUGUUGAAUUAAAAGACAUUUUAAACGACGAUUAUGCGUCUUCAUUAAAAGAGUUACUCAGAGAUGUCGAAAUCAACAUCACAACACCCCAAAACUCUUCGGAGGUACAUCAUCCGUGGAAAAUAGCGGUACCUCCGCACAAACAGCGAUACAUGUACAUCGAUGGGACAUCUCAUCACGGGCUAACCAAAGAGGAGAUCAAAUUUAUCAACGAAGUUGGACCUCAAGAACAACCAAACUUUACACUUCUCAGUAAAGCAAAUGGACUAAAGUCAGCCGACUCCAAAAUAAUUCAAAUCUGUGAAUUGCUUAAAUCUGUCGCAUUCAAGAAAUGGCUAAGAGUUAUUACUGGCUUGAUACCCACCACUGAACAAAUUUUGGCUCGUAGGUUUAGACCGGGACAAGACUUUAUUUUAGCAACCACAACUGAUUCUGAAAUUGCCAGAAAUGUAAACGAAGAAAAUGUAUUACUUGAGGCUACAAUGAACCUAACUCCAACUGCUGCAAGCGAUUCAAAGAUAAACAGCUGGGAAUCAGGUGAAUUUGGUGGAUACGAAUUGUGUAUGGCGCAAGCUACAAAAGAUGAUGAAGAAGAAGACGAUCCAGCUAUUUAUCGAUCGAGCAAGGACUCUGAAGAGGAUAGUGUGCUAUACACAAGCCAAUGUAAGUGGAACACAUUAACAUUGAUGGUCCGAGACCCAUCUGUUUUAAAGUUUGUAAAGUACGUCAGUAUCAAUGCAAAGGGGUCUAGAUGGGAUAUCAGCUGUCAAUGGAAUGUCAAAAGUGAAGAAGAAGAAGAAGAAGAAGAAAAAGAAAAAGAAGAAGAGAAAUAA